GCCAAGGUACCAUCUGUGCGCCUAGGCCGACCGGAAGUCCCGCCUCUGGGACUUCCCGCCCCGCCCCCGUGCUGCCUGUCUCCUAGCAACCGGGAAACAAACCCACUUUGCUUUUUGCCCUGGAGCGCACUGCACUCGCGGGUCUCCGGAGGCAACUAGGAGGGCGAGGAGCUAGUGCUCCAACUUUGCCUGAUCUGCUGCCCCACUCACCAGCUCGCAGCCUGCCCUACAGUUUGGAGCAUGUCUCUGCACAUCUGGGAUUGGGGAGAUGAGGACAAAGAAAGCAUCGGGCAGGCCUCCUCCUUCCCAAGCUAUUACCACUUUGGCACAGAAGACAGCCUGAGGGCUCCGGCUCCCGAGCAGGAGUCCAACUUUGACAACAGCUACAGCAGUAUCGAGCCCUUGGAUGCCAGCAUCUUUAAUGCUGACGUGCCCCAGCUGGUCCCCUGCAAUCUCAUUAUCUCCCUGGCCCUCCCUGUGAAUACAGACCUGAAAGGAAAAUUUGCAAAUCUUGAUAAAUACAGAAAGUAUCCUAAACUGCCAAACCGUUUAGCGAAAUUUCGCCGUUUCUACCAUAUUGAGUACUUCUUCCUGCCAGAUGAUGAAGAACCUAAACGAGUUGAUGUGGUGGUGUUUCCAGGACUGGCCAGGGUGUUUCUGGAGUCAGGAAUAAAGACUAUGAAGCCAUGGUGUGAUGACAACAAGCUCUGGGUGUCAUGGAGCCAAACUUUUAAUGUCAGUGUGACAAAGGAAUUAUUAAAGAAACUGAAUUUCCACAAAAUCACCCUGAGGAUCUGGGACACCAAGGACAAGAUUUCGAAAAAGUUCAGGUAUUAUCAUCCAGUGAAGACAUCCUGUUUGUCAGAUGAUGUAAGCUCUUUUGAGGAAGUGAGGAAGUUGGUUUUAAACCAGAGAGAACUGUCUGAACCAGACCCUGAGAGAACUAUCAUGAUCAGGGAGGGGUGGAACGAGGAGUCUCCACCAGAAAAUCAGGAAAAAGCAGAAAAAGGUUCGAAGUCUUUGCCAGUGCUGGAAUCUUCUCCUGGGAACAGUGAGGAAUAUGAAAAGUCAUCCAAAAUAGAUGACCCUACCACAUUUCGGCGAAGCACUUCAAGAGCAACAACUGCCUCUUUAAUGGGGAAAACCAUGUUGGAGAUCAAGGAAUUAAUUGAAAGAACGUCAUUUAGCAGUUUAACAAACAUGGCAACAAAGUCAAGGUCUCUAACUAGAGCAAAAGAUCUUGAACUCAGAAAAAAAGCCUACAAGAGAAUGAAGAAGGCUCCAGUCAUGGAGGACAGAGACCCCAAGCUGUCGGGCUGCUGGAGGCAGAGUGCCUUCUGCAUCCAACUGGCAGUGACGCCGCUCCUCGCAGGGCAGCAGGCUGUCAUGAGCCGUGCCAGUGAGAAGACUGCCAACAUUUUAGAUUGCCUUCUGACCUUAAAAACAGAAGUUCCUAUCAUGACAGAGGAGCAAAAGAGGGACUUAAACCCCCUGACCAUAAAGAUUAAGUGUGCUUCCUGCCUUCCAUCCCAGCCUGUGCCCAUUCAGGAGCUGGAGAGGUUGUGCACACCUGUGUACUGCAGAUACCAGUUUCAUAACACUCCAGUUCACCAGACCAUGGGGGAAUCCCACGGAACCCAUGUUUAUUUCCACGACAUCAAUGUCAUCUUCCUUGGGGCCUUGCACCCUGGUGAGCUGCGGGAGUACCUGGAGGGCCCCCCGAUGGUGGUGGAAGUUCACGACCGGGACCGCAAGGCUGUGGAGUCCUCCCAGAAGCCCAUCCUGUUUGGAGAGGACCCCCUGGAUUUGCACCUCAACCUCCAGGCCUUCAUCUCCCCUGCAGACACAGAGAACAACCCCUUUGAGUCCCAGAAAAAGCUGUGGGACCCUUAUGGAGUUGCUCAGGUCAGUUUUGCUGACCUCCUCCAUGGCCACAAGUACUUGAACCUGGUUGUCCCCAUCGUCAACUGUGAGCCUAGGUCCACAGGCCAUGCCCAGGGCAGCAGGAGCAGGCGGCCUGAUGUCCUCCAGAACAGCCCAAUGCCCAUGGGCAAUUACCUGGAUGCCAACUCGCAGCUCAAACUGCGUGUGACCAUUGCAGUGCCACUGAGCACCAGGGUCGAAGUCCCUCAAGCAGACCUCUUGAAGCCUCUAUUCGGCCGCAUCAUUUUUGUGUUUAACUUCAAGAAGCUGUUCCUUCUCCACAGCCUGCUGCAGGAUAUCACCAUGAUCAACGCCAAGGCCCUGGAAUUAAACUCCUACCCAACCCUCAAUGUCCAGCAGGUCCUGUCGGCCUUCAAGAUGCGGGUGAAGGUGCAGGAUCAGCCAUUCCUGGAUGUGCUCACCGGCUUCCACAUGUGGGACGGCAGAGUCCACCUCUUUGUCCUCGAGGGCUUGGCGGAGCAGGGCCUCAAGCAGCUGUGGGACAGCCACCAGAGCCGAAUCCCCAAGUCCCGGCAUGGCGAAUACAAGGUGUUGUACAACUCACAGCUGCUGUUCCACCACAGACUCUACGCAGACCUGGAGACCAUCCUGUACCAAGUGCACCUCUCCAGGCCCGUGGCGCUUCUCAUGCAGCAGCAGGCCCUCUACCUGCGCAAAGCGGUGCCACGUACAGUCUUCCAGGGGCUGGCCAGGAUCCACGACAUCUGCCACGCCAGCUCCCAGCUCAGGGAGGUGAUUGUGAGAGACCUGCUGCCUUCCUCUGCCAUGCUCAAAGACUUGAGCCAAGAGUUUGGGGUCCCCAUCUCGAAAGAGGACCUCACAGAUGAUCAGCUGCUGGCCUUGCCACCACAGCCUUCCCCCAACCUGGAAGCCUUGCGGUACCGGGCCUUCACCCUCACCUCCGAGAUCCUUGCCCACCAGGCAAAGUACCUGAAAUGGCGGGCCACCAUGCUGAGGAGGAGCCAGUGCCAGGAGAGCCUGGUCCAGAGAAACAUCAAAGAGGCCCACAAGGGCACCGGGAGACCUCCCUUGGGUGUGGUGAAGGUGCUGAGGAUCUCUCCCGCCGCCGGGCCUGUGCACAACUACAGCAUCCAGACCCUGAACUCCUCAGAGCUGGCCAGGAAGGAGCUAUGCCGAGAGAUGGCCAAGGAGCCUCGGAGGAGAUUAGCGUACUCACAUCGAUACCUGUCAGCCAUGGUGGUGCCUCGGGACCCCGAGGAAGAGGAGAAGACAGCGCAGGAGAAGUCCCGCCAGGCCUGGCUCACGGCCAGCGGGUUCCGGGUGGCCGGUCUUCAGAAGAGCACCGAAGGCCACCACCAGGACUUCAGGCUGCCACCUGUCUCAGAGCUGAAAGAGGAGUGGACGGAGGGCGCCCUGUUCACCAAUGUGCUAAGGCCCACGCUGGACCGUGAGAGAUGGGGCUGGGACAGGCGCCACCUGGACUUCGAGCUGUACAAGCGGCCCCCACCUUUCGUGGAAGCAGAGCCUCCAAAAGCCAUGAGAGGCUGCCGACCCACGACUCAUGGCGCAGGGCCUGUCUCCCAGGGCAGAGGCACAGGAGCCCCUGCAGAGCUGCACCACCUGACUCCUCACUUUUCUGGCCACCGCCUCCAUUAAAGUGCAGCAGAACAAA